AUGAGUGACAAUAAAUUGGAGAGCAAAGAAUUCGAUUUUACAGGAAUAUUUCCAACUUGUACAGAAAAUUUUUCAUGGGGUGUACUGGAUCAUAGAAGUGGAAGUACGGCUCACCACUUUACUGAAUUGUGCAGUGAUUUUAAGAAUGUUGUAACAGAAAAUGAUUCUAACAUUGGGAAUUUUGUUCAAUAUUGCCGAAUUCUUGGUAUAUAUUUAGAGCACAUAGAUAAUAAUAAACAUAAGUUGAACCCAGAAGCAUGCUGCAAAUAUUUUUACUACAGGCUAAAUAAGGAUAUACUUGAUAAGUACAAAUGUAAUUGUGGUGGAACCCAAAAGUGUUAUGAGAAAAUGGCAGAACAAGAGAAGAGUAGUAAAUUCAUGACAAAAAUAUCUAAUAUCUGCAAGGAUCAUUUCGUCAAUAUUGAUACAGAUGCAUUAAAAAUAAUGGAGAAUCUUGGAGAAAUUUAUAACUGUAUUAAUAUUUUUAAAACUAAUCGUAAUAGGACUACUAGUAAUAUGCAUCUUUUUAAAAGGUACAUAGAAGAAUUAGAAAAAAAUUCUUACAAGUAUAAAAGCCAACUUAAGAAAGAACUCGAAAAAAUUAUUAAGAAAUGUGAAGACUAUAUAAGAGAAUGGGAGGCUGAUAAAAACUUUGCAAAGCAUGCAUCAGAUCUCCUAACUCAUAAAAAUUGGAUAAACGAAAGAAAAAGGAAACUCAACGGGGAAGUUCAAAAAACAACAAAUAGUGUUGUAAAGCAAAUACAAACGUCGGAAUUCAAUGUAUUAGUUAAUAAAACCUUGAUGAGCCAUAUGAAAGAAGAUGUAGCUAACACAGGAAUAAAUAUUGGAACGAUUUUUAUACGUUUUUCAGUAUUAAUAAUUAUUUUUAUUUUGUAUAAGUAUACCCCUUAUCUUUCAUUUUUAAAACCAAGGGUAAGGAAAUUAAGAAGAAGGUUGAAUAAAAAUAACAAAAAUAAUCUUGAUUUUAUGUAUUUAUUUGAUGUAGAAUAUAAAUAUUCAGCUGAUGAUAGGUACAAAAUAGCAUAUAGUUAA